AUCAUCAUCAUUCAUCAAAAUCGUCAUUCGCAGUCGGGUUCGGUCGCACUGAACAUAAACAAAAGAGCGUGUGUUGUGUUUUCCCAUCAUUGUUUUCCGUUGUUUUCCUUUGUUUCGUCGUGAUUUUCCCCCAAAUUUUUCAAUCGAUGUGCGCUCCGUCCGAGUGGUGUGAAAAUUUCAGUGAAAAUGUUCAGUGCUUGACGGUUUCUAGUAAAUACAACAGAUAGGAAUCUAAGACGGGGAACCCGUCAGAACAGAAACGAUGCCACGAUCAAAAUGUUAUGCGUCAUCAAUGUCGCUUCGGCGGUGUCUUCCGGUAAUCUGUUUGGUGAUUGUGGCCCGUUUGGUGGAAGCCCAGAAAGGGAUCUUCUUCGGGUGCUACCAGCGAGAUCGAUCCGGGCAGCUGGAGCUGCUGACCGACAGUUUGGACAAAUGCGUUGGCCACUGCGAGCUUGGCUUCUUCAGGUACGCGGCACUAUCGGAUACGCAGUGCUUCUGCUUCAACAUGAUUCGUCUGCGCCAGAUAGAGGACAAAAAUUGCAAUCUUAGCUGUCGCCAAAGUGCGGAGCAUUCUUGUGGCGGUGAUAAUGCGCAAAGUUUCUACGAAACCGGGGUGGAUGUGGCCGGACCCGUUAAGAAUCUCAAACUGGCAGAAAAGGAAACGGAAAGCACGAUCAAAAUUUCUUGGGAUGCUCCGUCCUUGGAUGGAGUGCCGGUGGACGAGUAUGAGAUCAAUGCCGUCGCACUGUCCACCUUUGCCAACUAUCGACUGUAUCCGAUGAGCUGGAGUGUCCACAAUAACUCGCAGUCAUUCGAACUGGCCAGUUUGGUUCCGGGUACGCGUUACAACAUAACCGUGACGAGUGUUUCGGAAAAGGGCGCCGGAGGGAUGGCUUGGAUGGUGGCCCAGACGGAAAUUGGCGUUCCGGAUCCGGAACCGGAAGAACCGGUGAUAUUGCGACGGCUGGAUUCGACCGUUCAGAUCCAGAUUCAGAAGGCCAUUAACAACAACGGCCCGGUUAACUAUUACCGAGUGGUGGUGCACUACGUGGACGAUGAUCUGGUGCAAACGUUCGACGAGACCCUGCUGGAUACGUACCAACGGUCACGGGAGAAGGGCGUUCCGUACUACAUUGCUGCCGAGGUGGAGAUGAAGGAGGACUCACUGCUGUUCACCGUUGGCGACAAGCGACACUAUCGAAACUACUUCAAUCCGGAAAUUCCUGCCCGGAAGCACGUGCACAUCUCCAUCGGAAUCGUCAGCAUCUUGAACAACGUGGUAAAGGUGCGGUACGCUACCACGACCCACGAGCAGCACCAGCACCCGGAUCACCACCACGUGAAUUCUACCAAUGCUCCGGAGCGGAACGAAGCGCUGAUCACGGUACUGGCCGUGGCUUGCGUCCUCUUCGGAAUCGUACUGUUGGCCAGUAUCGUCCUGUACGUUUACCUGCGCUAUAAAACAUCGAGAAAUACUCGUCCCCUUCGGGAUCACCACGAAAUGGCCCUGCAGGGACCGAUCUUGGAAGUGGAGAACAACGGCUUCAUUCCGGACAUUUACGAACAGCGCGGAUUCGAGGCGGAACUGCACGACAUCAUUGAAUCUCUAGCACCGCACCAGAAGCAUCCUCGGAAGCAUCUGUCGCUGGAGAUCAAUACCAUCCUGGGUUCGGGCAAGUACGGGGACAUACUCAAAGGAAGCCUCCAGCGCGAGGGCAUCGAACUGCCGGCCCAGGUGCACGUCAUAUCCGACGACAUGGACAAGAUCGAUCAGAUUGGCUUCCUGAACGAGUUCCGGCGGGUCAUCAAGCUGGAACAGCACCCGAACGUUCUGCAGCUCUACGGGGUGUGCGUCACGCCGGACUGGUGCUACGUGCUGUUCGAGGAGAUGCAGACCACCCUCAAGCAGACGCUGCUCAACGCGAGGAUACCAAAUAACGUGAACAGUCCAAAGUUUUCCACCAUCUCGGAGGAAAUUGUCGUGAACAUUCUGUGUCUGGUGUGCGACGGCAUGCAGUACCUGGUUGAGAACAAUAUCGUCAACAAGAAGCUCUGCGCCCGAACCGUCUACGUCAACACCAAGUUCGAGGUGAAGGUAAGUGCCUUCGGGCCGCCACUCUACGGGGACGACAACGGCCAGCAGGUGGACAUCAUCCGUUGGAACGCCCCGGAGGUGAUCAAGUUCCAAAACCACACUGCCAAGAGUGACGUCUGGUCGUUCGGGUUGCUCAUCUGGGAGUGUUGCUGUUUGGGCGCGACCCCAUUCGGGACAAUCACCACCGAUAAUCUGUUUGCCAGCAUCCGGGCGGGCAGUAGGCCCGAAAAACCCAGCUUCGUCUACGACGACCUCUACCAGAUGUGCCUUAACUGUUGGGAUCCGGACGCGGCAGACCGACCCGAGUUCGACGACGUGAGCCGAUACCUGAGACAAACGCUGCCCAUGCUGCGCUACAUGCUGUCCUUUGAACGGACCCAAAACGCGCAGAUACCUCCGUACUUACCGGACCUGGAGCUGAUUCCGUGAUGAGGUGGAUUCCGAUCCAACAAAACCAAGAUCAAAUUGUAACCUUAGGACAAUAUUUUAGGAACGUUAAGUAUUCUAUUCUCUGAAUUCCGUCCAUUUUAUCAAAUCAAAAGAUAUUUUUUAAGACUAUGGAAGAUAUUUUUUAUCUAGCUAAUAGUGCCUAACAGUAUAAACGUAAAUUGUUGUAUUAGUUUUUUUUUACACAGAAAUAUAUUGAACCUUUGAAAUGGAGUAAAA